UCAUGGCAAACCGCAUCUGCGAGUGGAUUACUCUUACCGUAGUCCACGACAUCCAUAGCCCUGGAACACUACCUAGCAUAGCAUGGGUGGAGGUGUUGCGUGCUUUGUGGGCAAGGCAUGACUUCGAGGGAUAUGAGGAUACUCAUUGGGGCCGAGUGUUAGAGGAAGAGAGUAAAUUGUGGAUUUGGACAUCAUGGGGCACUAAGAAAGCCUACGAUCAGCAAAGAGAGACUGAAAUUUAUCGAUCCCUGCGGAAGAAGCUUUCCAUACUGUCGCUCACGCCUCCGGUCACCUCCCUUUUGCAAUUCGACGACGAUUUUACCUACCCUCAACUUUAUCUUCACCAUUGCUGGCCGAGCAUCACAAUAGCCUACUUUCGAACCUCUCCCUCGGUAAAUGAGCAAUCAGAAGAAGAAGAACUUUCACGAAUUCGUGGUAUUCGAGGAAUGUGGCCGUCGCGGCGAAUUCUCGGCGAUUUUGCCGUGUACGGCCCACCGGCACGCGGCUUCCUUCUCCAUGACAUCGAUUCCGUCAUCCCGUCAUCAAGCGCUCCUGCUAGAGUCUAUGUCUUUCUUGACUAUUGGAUAACGCCGGUCCGUGAAGAAGAAGUGAGAGGACCUGAAGAAUUAAUUCCCAUCAAUAACGACAAUCCUAGUCCGCUGAAGCGACUUUCAACAUUGUUUGAGGAACAGUUGCAGGAAGCUGGAUGCGUAAAGAAGGUUGUUCUCCAUGCUCGUUUUGAGUGGGCCCUUGGAGUGGACUUCCCUGAUGAUGAGAUUAAGAUGAGGAGCCUUGUAUAUGACUGGGAGGAAGGCCGACGUGAGAGGCGAAGGGUAUUGAAAAAAAAGUAUGGUAUCGAUAAAGAGGAAGACAUCGAAGAAUCAUCAGAACAGUAUGCUUUUCACCUCCAGAAUCUACGAGCUGAUAAAGGUUCGCACUAG